AUGAAGCCAGCCCCUUAUCCCAGCGCUGGAAAAUGGAAAUCAACUAAUGUGGUGUUCAAAGUGGCUUGGAAUUAUCAAAAUCCGAAUGACUGCGCCAAUCCCCUGGUUGAUUUCAUCACUAACACAGGCAGUAUGCGUGAUAUAGAGCAUAUGCUCAAGCUUCAGGUGACAGGCGAGUUCUUCAAGUGGGCCACUAAUGGAAAACUCGCUUCGGGCAGUACAACGAGCUUCACAGCAUUGAACUGCAAAUAUUUCCUUCCUCUGGGCGUGCCCCAAAGUGGAAACACGGUGUCUAUGCAGGGUGACCUCUUUAAGACUGCACAAACGCUCAUUGAACUCAAUAGACCACACUACACUAGAGACCCCUACACAGAGGGUGGUAUGCCAGCCUUCCGCAUCAUGGCUGCGCUGGGUACGACAACGAACCGAAAGAAGUUUUACCUCUUGCAAAAGGCCAUUUUCGGCAACAAGCAACCGAUUGAUUCAAUUAAAUGGACAACUCUUGUUCAAAACACGGCCAAGCCCGAAUUUGCGCUGAAGGAUAUCAAGGCAGCAAUUGCCGUAUAA